AUGUUGAGGAGACAGAGGACUGACUCUCUUCUAAACGUUUUGCUGUGGUUUCUCUUCUUCAUUGGCAUGACAAUGACACAGGCUUAUGGACAAUCCAUUAGCACUCCAGAAAUUCACCAAAUUGUGCAAACAUUUAUUAAGGAGGAAGUUCACAAGAUGGAAUCAUUUGAUUGCAGACUGUACACCCCAACUUUAGCUGAUUAUAAGCAGAAAUGCCCCAGGUCCACACUCACAUGCUUUACGGCAGAAGUGAAAGUCCUGAUGUUAGAAUAUGGGAAACGUUCCUCAUCCUUACACCAGAAAAGACUAACCAAACGACUGACUAAAUUGACGUCCUUAAUAAAACAGAUGGAUGGUGCCAACUGUCCACACUGUGAGGUCCACAGAGAACAGGCAGCAAAUGAUUUCUUAACAACAUUACUAGGAAUUCUGGAGUGGAUGAACAAUCAGGGGUCUCAGUAG